UCCAUAAUGCUUUACCGUCGCACGCGAUCAUUCCAUUUCCCUUACACCCAGCCAGCACACGUCUUGCUGAUAUUAGCAAAAAGUUCUAAUGUAAUUUAUUUUUUUAAUUAUUUUAUCUGUGAAAAUUCAAAAUGAGAACGAAACCGAAUUUGUCGUUUUCGAAAUUGGACGAGGAGACUGGAGCUAUGUUGGACAACAUGUUCGAUAAAAAGGAUUGUAUGGUGGAGAUUAAUCCUGGCCGGGUUAUAUUGCCUGCGGAUUACAUGACGAUAGGCCAAGAUAUUUUGGACAUGGAGGUGCUAGAAAGCGACGUCUGGAUGUGUUCCUAUCCUCGGACUGGUUCUACUUGGGCACAAGAAAUGGUUUGGUUGAUUGGUCACGAUUUGGAUUAUGAGGGUGCGAAAUCAAUACAACAGAUACGCUGUCCCCUAGUAGAGCUAAGCUGUAUCAUGGUAGACGGUCACGCGGAGUGGCACGACGAAUCAGUCAAAGGCACCUCCGUGGACCUCGUGAAGUAUCGCCUGCCGCACCCACGUUAUAUUAGAAGUCAUCUCCCCUGGGACCUGCUUCCUAUUGAUAUUGUGAAGGAGGAUGGAACUGCUAAGCCGAAGGUAAUAUACACGUCCCGCAAUCCCAAAGACAUGGUGGUAUCCUACUAUCACUACUGUACCCUGGUCCAUGGUCUUAAGGGCACCUUCGAAGACUUCUGUGACUUGUUCAUGAGAGAUCGCGCGCCUUUUGGACCCGUAUGGAAUCAUAUACUAGGGUUUUGGAAGAGACGCGACGACCCAAACAUACUUUUCAUCAAGUUCGAAGACAUGAAACGCGAUCUGCCCAUGGUUGUACGAAAGACGGCGAAAUUUCUCAACAAGGACAUGUCUGACGAACAAGUCGACAAACUCUGCGAUCAUUUGUCCUUCCAAAAUAUGAAGCAAAAUCGAGCUGUUAAUUUAGAAGGAAUUCUCGAAAAAUCCUUCGGGAAAAGUUAUCUAGAACAAACAGAUUUGAGAUUUAUAAGGAAAGGCGAAAUAGGCGAUUGGAAGAACUUCAUGUCCGAUGACCUUUCUCGAAGAUUCGAUGACUGGGCUGAUCAACAUUUGAAGGGAACUGAACUGAGUUUCGAGUAAAUUAAAUGUAUCAUGCACUGGUG